UGACGUGUUUUUAGCCGCGGAACGAGAAAAAUGGCGAAAUCGAAAUCUACAAAGUGCGCGAAAAUAUCCCUUUACAUUGUUGGUCAAUUUAGCUGUUAAACGGAAUAUCGAUUCUCCCUACCUUAAUCGCAAAGAGAAUUUAUUUUGUGUUUAUCGUGAAACGUUUAUUUAAUCGGUAAUUUAAUGUUUUAGCUUUAAACGACCUUUAAGUCUGUUUGUACACAGCGGUGCGUAGUGCACUGUGGGAUAGCAAUGGUGGGCGCGUGAUUUUGAACAAAUUCGAGAUAUCAAGGGAACGCGUAGGUAUGUACGAUAAAUCGUGAAAUUUCUUUCUGAGAGCAUUUAAAUGACAUUGUAAUGUUUACCGUGACAUGUUUGCUAUAUGUAUAACAAUUUUAUCAUAAAUAAUGUGACUUUCGUGGCACGCCCCCACCCAGCACUGUACGUACCUGAUACGAAUUAAUAAGUUUUAGGUAAUAUCGUCAUGUCUUUAAAUAAAGGACAUAAUGCAAGGGCCCUAGUUGAACCGCUAGCUCUUGAUUCCCGUACAUUAGGCGAUGGAGAUCUUAGUGCUCUAACUCUUUCGCACAGCAAUGAACAGUAUUCGUCAAAUGAUUUUGAAGCAUUUGCGAAUAUUCAAGCUGAAUUGGAUUGCAUGGAUGCGGAAGAAGUUAUGGCUACUGACGAAGAACAAGUAAUGAUAGAGCAAAAUAUUGAGUCUGAAAAUAUUGUACCUGAUGUGGAAAUGUCUGACGUUUCAGAACAAAUUCAAGCAGAAGAAAUAGUUUUCACUAGUGCAAGUCAAAAUAAUCAAAAUAUUUUAUUUCAAACUAAACCGUCGUUACAAAGGAUUCCUGUAUCUGCAGUGCAGGUUAAACAAAAUCUUUGCGCAGCAACUCAAAGUCAAUCAAUCAUGAUAGUAUCUCCGGCAAGUGGACAAGGUACCAGUCAAAUUUUAAAAAUUUCUCAUCCGGCAUCAGCAUCUACUGGACAAUUACAAUCGAUAGCUCAAACUCUCAUAACAGCCAAACCUGCAGAUGGUAGUGUUCUGCAAUUAAGAUCAACACAGGCAAAUAAACCUCUCAUGGCAACUAGCCAUGCAGGAAGUAUUACACUAAGCAAUUUACAAAAUGUAAAAACAGUGCAAACAGCCAAACGUUCAGUACAAAGUAAUCAACAAAAUCGGAAUGUUUAUACUAAAAUGAUAUUAACUGGAAAUCAAACACAACCAGGACAACAAGUUCUUAUAACAAGUUCACAGAAUGAAAUCCAACCAGCUCAAACAAUCAAGUUUUUAAGUAGUAAUGUAAGUAAUCAGAAUAUGACGAGCCCAACUAAAACUAUAACCUUGGCACAAGCACAACAUUUAGGAUUAAUUACUACGAACAAAGUUCAACAUAUAUUACCGUCAACUCCACAGAAACAGGGCAUUAUUGUCAACAAAUUACUUCAAUCUUCGACAACUCAACCAUCGAAAAUGACAAUAGUUCCCAGCAGUGCAGUUAAAUCACCAACUAAAAUAUUACCAGCGCCAAUAAUUAAUUCUCAAGUUAAAGCAUCAACAAUUCCUAAUCAACAAUCAGUAUUUUCUUCAUCAAGCAAAACGAAUAUGCAGACAAGUCCACAAAAAGUGAUUAUUAGACAGAGUUCUUUAAAGCCUGGAACGGUAUUAGGAAGUGGACAAGUUAUUCGAAUUCCUGCAAAUCAAAAUAUCGUAAGUGGUUCCAAUCAAGUACAUCAAAUUCAAAUGCCAGGAAGACAGGUGCAAUAUGUUAGAUUAGUGAGUACUCCUUCAUCUGGUACUACCAAUGUCGUUACCGUAGGCAAAUCAAAACCACAAACGACUUUGCAAACUGUAGGAGUAAGUCAAAAAUUAGGUGGACAACAACAAAUAGUAAAGGUUGUUCCUUUGAACACUGGUAAUCAAUCAUUAAGAACAGUAGCACCAAAGACUACAAUAACUGGAAGUGGUCAGAGAUUGUUAAUCCCUGCUGCUGCAACAGUAGGAAAUCAAUCUAAAAAUGCUGUUGCUAUACCAGCAUCUGCUUUAAGUCAACUUGCAUCUGGUCAAGCUGUUCUUUCGGCUAAUGCCAAUGUUAGUAAUAUUGUUGUUCUGCCAGCACAAUAUAUACAGCAGCAGCAUACAGACGAUGGAAAAAUAAAAUCUCAGCAAUCAACUCCCAACUUAUUAGGAAAUACACAAAAUUUGCAAAAUAUACCUAAUAAUUUAACAGCAGUAACUAUAUCUGACGGUAAAUCAUCUCAAAGAUCAUAUUCAAAUGUUGAACCAAAUGGUAUUAGACCGAGGAAACCGUGUAAUUGUACUAAAUCGCAAUGCCUUAAAUUCAUGGAUAUAAUUGCACACAGAUAUUGUGAUUGCUUUGCAAAUGGAGAAUUUUGUCAUAUGUGCAAUUGUAAUAAUUGCUCGAACAAUCUUGGCAAUGAAGUAGAAAGACAAAGAGCUAUUAAAUCUUGUUUGGAACGUAAUCCAAAUGCUUUUCGUCCAAAAAUUGGGAAAGGUCGUGAAACUGGUGAUGAUAUACGUAGACAUAACAAAGGAUGUAAUUGUAAACGAAGCGGAUGUUUAAAAAAUUAUUGUGAAUGUUAUGAGGCUAAAAUUCCGUGUUCUGCAAAUUGUAAAUGUAUCGGAUGUCGAAAUAUAGAAGAACCUACUUUAGAAAAAAAAUCUCUGAAAGAUUUGGCAGAUGCUGCUGAAGUAAGGACAGCACAGCUAACGUUAAAUAAAGCCAAACUGCAAUUAUCCGAAAUGGCUUUUAGACCGCCUGCUGUUUCAAAUACUGGUGCAAGGCAACCAUUUAACUUUUUAACUGAUAAAGUAGUAGACAUGACUUGUCAAUGUUUAUUGGCACAAGCUUAUGAAGCCGAGCGUGAUAUGUUUGAUGAUGAAACAUCACAAAGACUCAUAAUUGAAGAAUUUGGACGAUGUCUCAAAGAAAUCAUAGAAUCUGCGCAUAAAGCAGAAGCUACCUAGCAGGUGCAGUUAAAAAGAAAUUUUUUUUUCAUGAUUACUAUUAUUAUAAUUAUUACAAACGUCCGCAAAAAUUGUACAAUU